CAACCCUAUCCAUCCAUCUCUCUCUCUCACUCCGCAGGGCAGGUCACAGGAGCCGCCGGAGGGAGCGAUGGAGACCUCCCUGCGGCUGCGCGGCGCCGACAGCACCUCCGGGCAGGGGCAGCAGCUGGGCCUCCGCAUCCACGCCAAGCAGAAGCUGCCCCUCGCAUACAACGCGCUCCUCCAGGCUCACGCGGAGAUCGACACCGCCACCCGGAAGCCCAGCCUCCUCGCCAUCCUCGCAAGGCACUUCUUCCCACAGCUGUCGGCCAACGUCGGGGCCGGGGUCCAGCUGGAGAAGGGCAACAUCUUCAGGUACACCCUCCGGGGGAAGAAAGCUGUCUCCUUCACCCACGACGGCCUCCUCGGCCUCAACAUCAAGGGCCGCCUCCUCGCCGACAAAAACUUCAAGCCGAGGAGGAAGAGCGGCGCCGUCGAGCUCGCCUGGACCAUACUCGACUUCAGAAGGGGCCAGGACGUCAGGAUCAAGGCCGGAUACGAGCUAUACCGCAAGAUGCCUUAUUUCCAGCUGAGGGAGAACAACUGGACGCUUAAUGGUUACAUGGACGGGAAAUGGGAUGUCAGAUUCGAUAUGUGAUCGGCUAGGUCUCUGGUGAUCAGUUAGCGCCGUAGUUGUGUUGUCCCUCCUUUAGAGGCCACCAUUUCAUUUCAUUCAAUUGUAUUGCACCGGAAAGAUGCCAUUCACCAGCAAGCACCAGUUCUAUGGAGAAAGCCGUAUGUAGAAUUAGAAACUUAGACAUGUCAUUGAUGGAAUUGAGUCUGGAAAUUCAGGAUUCAGUUGUGCCUUUGUGUAGCGCUGAUGAGAUUAUUGGUUGUAUGAAGGCAUGCAAAUGUCUAUGAAUGCGAAUAAGAAGAAUGUACAAGGUGAAGUGCAUGUAAGAAAAACACAAGAGUGUUCCCAAUGACCUUCACUCCA